ACAGACAGGCAAGAUUGCACAGUUAUUGGUUUCUCUUUUCUCUUUUCUGAACAUACACAGACAGAUUUGUGUUGAAUGAAAAUGAAGCAAUUUAUUCUGCUCUUCAUCCUACCUUCAAUACACACAGUUCCUCUCACUCCCCAACCCGGAGCUAUUACUCUUCUCUCCUACCCCUACCAACCCUACCAACCUCAUAAUCCGUUGAUUUCAGUCAACCAACCUGUCCCAGGAAUUUAUCAACCCGGGAUUUAUCAACCAGGAUUAAAUCAACCAUCAAACUUAUUUUCAUCAAGAAUAAACCAAAACUCGGUUUUGAAUGGCGGUGAAAAUGCUGUGAUUAGACCAGGUUUUCCGGUCUUUAAUGGAGGAAAUUUAGUUCCAUAUAUCGACACCAGGGCUCUCUGUUCAGGCUGCAGUUGUGAAUCCGAUUUUGGUUGUGCAUAUAACUGCGAUAAAUGUUCUGCUCUUUGCUUGUCAUGUGACUGUUCGACAUCAAUAGGCUGCAAAUAUAAUUGUGAUAAAUGUGAGGAGAGAAAUCAGAAUCUAGACAUAUCUAAUGGAUCCCAAGAAUCCCAAGAUUCACAGGAAGGAUCCCAAACACCGCAAAAUUCUCAGGAAUCUCAAGGCACCCCCGGUUCCCAAAGUUCCCAAAACCAUGCCAGUUCCCAAAACCCUUCUAACUCAGAAGGUUCCCAAAGUUCCGAAAGCCCUAUCAGCUCCCAAGGUUCCCAAAGUUCCCAAAACACUAUCAGCUCCCAAGGUUCCCAAAGUUCCCAGAACCCUAUCAGCUCCCAAGGUUCCCAAAGUUCCCAGAACCAUAUCAGCUCCCAAGGUUCCCAAAGUUCCCAAAGCCCUAUCAGCUCCCAAGGUUCCCAAGUUAGUCCAUUGUCUCCUGAAAAACUUGACUGUGGUUCACUGCUUAAUACAGAAAUAGAUUUAUGUCUGUGGGGCCCUAGUUACCAUAAUAUUGUUCAGAUUUAUGUCUGUGGGACCCUAGUUGCUAUAACAUUGUUUAGAUUUAUAUCUCUGGGGUCCUAA